AUGCACGGCUACAAACAUCCUCCGAGCUGGAGGCUCUGGCACCCAAACCAGGGAGUCGUCUUCCAGCAGCCACUUUAUCCUGUCCUCGAUGUCGCUCGGUUCUUCACGGAGGCUUCAGCGGUGGAGAAUAUCAGUACUGGCCCGGAUGGUUCUGGUAAAGAGAUGAUCAACACCAGUUUCAAAAACCUCGGGAAAUUCAACGCAGACUCAAAUGACAACCUCGCGGCGCCCGAGGUGCAUAAAGCGCCUCUUGCUGAGGAACCUCCUUCGGAGGCUCCUCAGGAAUCCUCGACACAUCCCACAGAAGCAUGUGAGCCAGCCUUGAGGGAAGAGGAGGCACAGGCCGAAGUCGUGGAUGAGCCAUCAAGAGGUCCUCCUUUCACCCCGCUCGACUACAAGAUCCCAGAGGAAAGCUUCAGCGCUGCCAUGGCAGCGGUCGAGGGAACGCCCGAGUCCUUUUGGACAUAUGCAAUGUAUCGAGGACCUAGCGACAAUGAGAGUGGCAGGGAGGGCGAAGCGAAAGUCAAGGUGCACUACUGCAAAAGCGCCCACACUGCGGAGCGAGUCUGUCAAUACUUUUUGAAGGAGAAAGUCAUUGGCUUCGACUUGGAGUGGUCAAUGGAGGCCUACAGAUCUAGCUCGCCUCGAAAGAAUGUCUCUCUGGUGCAGCUAGCCAGCCAAAGCCGGGUUGCGCUGCUUCAUCUUGCAUUGUUUCCAGAAAAGGACAGAUUUGUCGUUCCGACUUUGAAGCGCAUUAUGGAGGAUCCAGGGAUUACAAAGACUGGAGUGUGGAUCAAAGGCGACUGCACCAGGCUCCGAAAGUUCUUGGGUAUCGAGUCCCGAGGAGUCUUUGAAUUGAGUCACUUGUACCGACAGGUCAAGUAUACAAGGAAUGGGAGGCAUGACCUGAUCAACAAGAAACUUGUGUCAUUGGCCAACCAAGUCCAAGACACAAUGCAUCUGCCAUUGUUCAAAGGGCAAGAUGUGAGAUCCAGUGAUUGGUCCAAGUCAUUGGGCAUGGAUCAGAUUGUAUACUCAGCGUCAGAUGCGUAUGCAGCAGUCCAUCUUUACGCCAUGCUCAAUUACCAACGCGAGAGUCUCGACCCAACGCCGCCUCUGCCCUUUCAUGUAGAGCACGAGCAACCAAUUCCUCUGGCGCCUGGUAUCGAAAGCUCGAGCUCCGACGAAUCUGAUGCUGAGGAGGAGGAGCUCGAGGCCAUAGCAGAUGCCGGGUACGGAGCGUCCAUAUUGACUCCCGAGCAGCUUGAGGCACUUGGUGAGACCAUUCAAAUCGAGGCCGGCGAAGAAGACUCCAACGACAGUAAAGCCACAGCAGAGGCACCAAAAGCAGCGAAACCAAAAUCCAGAUCUACCACAGCAGCAGCAAAACCGGCGACACCACAGAAAGACCCCAGAAUUGUCGCCGCAGAAACCUGGCUCAUGGAGUACAAGGCAACACGUCCAGGUGGGAAGACCAAAGCUGCAGCUGCGGCCUUGAGGGCGUACUUUAUAUGGCACGCAAACGACGAUUUGAGCGUCGAUAGCAUCGCACAGCUGCUAAGGGACCCUCCCCUGCAGCUCAACACCGUCUGUGGCUACAUCCUUGAAGCGGUCAAAGUAGAGAAACUAUCAUAUGACCCGGCCCGACUCAGGGCAGUGCUCAAUCUCUACCCUCAGGAGCAGGCUCAGAGAAGAUUUGCGGCGUUGUUCAGGGCCACGGCGAAUGUGUCUGUGCCGUGA